UAACCGGAAGAAAAGAACAAAAAUGUUUACAUAUUUUCUCGUAGUAAAUAUUCUCCACACAUUUCUCAAGUGGACAGGAAUUUCGAGUCCGUGGGCCUGAAAAAUUAUUAGUUAUUGAAUAGGUUAGGCCUGAAAAUCGAAAUUUUUAGUCGAUACAGAGCUCUGAUAAUCAUUCAGUACCCUUUAUUUCAGAGUAAACUACUCUUUUAUUUUAUUUAGUUAUUUACUUACAAACGAAGGUAAUAAACAACACAUUGACUACGUAAGAAAAAUAUUAGCUUUAACAUUUGCCAGAAAGACGGCACACAAGCUAACGGCCCCUCAUAGAGAAUGGUGAUCUCUGUAGACUUUACUGGUUGCUUUGAAAACUUUUAAGUCUUUAAUAGCGUGUUCAAUAAAAAUUCUUUUUUGUGAUAAAUGGUCGUUGAAUAAGUCUUUACAAAUAGACGGAAGUUGGUUCUGUUCGUUUUGACGAAAGGGAGUUAACAAAGUGCCGCCAUUUGUAAAACCUCUGUCUGCAAGAAGACAGGCAUGGGACAGAAGAGCUGGAACUCCGGCGUCUCACAACAUUAUGCUGUCGUGUAUUAACUCAAGGUACCCGGAUUUGAAGAAAAUAAUUUUUCGAUCAGUUGAUAUAAUUAAGAUCGUUCCCAGACAAUGAGUCCUACUUUUGCCCCUGUAAUAGAGUCUUUGAUGACGUUCUAAGAGUGAAGACACAAACAAUUCAGUUUCACAAAAAACGAUUUCUCCUUUUUAGGAUAUAUAUAGAUAUGCAUGGGAACCUGACUAGUCAAAAACGUUCUAAGAGUACACUGGACCUGUCGUUUUCAAAGGACAGGUCCAUCAGCGAACCUUUUAGAAAAUGUGCACCUUUUCCUCUAAAACUUUGUAAACGUUUUUUUCAAAAGUGAAAAAUUUCGGAGUUUGAUCCUUCGGGAGGGAAGUACCACAAUAGACGCAGAUCGUCCACUCAUUACGCAUAAGCAACUUUCUAUUGCUUCAUGUCCCACGCAUAUUUAGGUAUAGUACUUACUGGGACGCCAGAUUCUAAGAUGGGUACCAUCUACAUAACCAACGUAUCUGCCUAACACAGGAUUCCAUAACACCAAAUCAUUCAUCUCACGAUUGCUGGGUCACACGAUCAUUGAACUUAGGACUUGUGUCAGUACAGGAAAAAAAAAGAUUCUUAGUCGUGAGAUUUUGUCUCUCGAAACUUUGAACAUUAGAUUAGACUUAGCAACGAGUAGGUGGGAUUAGAUCUGAGCCAUAUCAGGAGAAGAAUGUUUGCUUCCACCCGAUUUGUGUGAGCUCGUUUAUGAAGUAUUUUCAUUUUGUGAAUACUGAACUGGAGAAACGUAGGGUAGAUAUCGUUAAACGCUUCGACUGGUAUUCGUGGGGGAACACAGAAUCUCCUUGGAGUAAGGCCAAGUUCAGCAUAGAGAUCAGUUAAGGUGCGUCGUUCGUAUGUGUUCAGGGGCAUCAUGAUGUGAUAGACGGUGAAGUAUGACAAAUGUGACAUAAAGAGUAAAAGAUGUAACUGGAUGAAGAUUGAGAUAAAUUGUUCGUACUCAUCAGUUUCUAUUGCGUUCAGCAUUCUGACAAUAUAUUGAGGAUGUUGGUUAAAUGUCCUAAAACGUUGAGAAUUGGUUUUAGAACUUCGACUAGUUGUACCGUUCGAUCCAUUUUUUCUAUAUUAUCUAAAAGUAAUGAAGGCUAUAACUACUUCUAAAAAAUUCUUUUUUUCUAGGUUUAAAUAUGACACAAACACAUCAACGACGAAAAAAUUUGAAAUUAACAGAUAUUGAAAUUGAAAUAGUGUUUGGCCUGCAGCAGAAUGGAACAAUUGGACCGAAACAGAUCGUGGAACAAGUUAUUGGUGGUGACUAUGAUGAAAUCGGCCAAUAUUAUGUUGCAUUGGUCACACAAAGUGCUAUUAGACGGGUACAAAAUAUUCUAACAUCAUCUGCACGGGUAGCUGGACAGGCACGAUUAAAUGAUCCAUUGGCAUUUAGACAACAACAUGGUGGUAUCGAAGACUAUCUCAGUUACCAUGGUGAAGAGAUUCACUAUGGUGCGACGAUUCCACGUGACAUAGAUGAAAAUGUUCAUGAUUUUGUAAGAAGGGCAAUGGAACAACAGCAGCAACAAACUCUACGACAACCUGCACCACAGAACCGCAAUAUCUCUGACGAUUAUAAAUUGAAAAGGGAAACAUUAGGCUCUGGUACUAAUGGUAAAGUUCACACAUGUUACAAUCGUCGAACAAGUCAAAAAUGUGCAUUAAAAAUAAUCCAUGACUCGCCUAAAGCAAAACGAGAAGUAUUUUUGCACAAGAAAGCAAGCACAUGUCCACACAUCGUUACUAUAUUAGACGUGUACGAAAAUCAAUAUUUGAAUCGUCGAUGUUUAUUCAUUGUUAUGGAGUGUAUGGAAGGUGGAGAACUAUUUUAUAGGCUAAAACAGUUUAGCCAUGAAAAGUCAAUAACAGAACGUCGAGUGGCGGGUAUGAUGCAUUCAAUAUGCAAAGCAGUUCAUCAUCUGCAUUCAAUGAACAUUGCACAUCGAGAUUUAAAGCCGGAGAAUUUAUUAUUCACAUCGACCGCUGAAGAUGCUGAAUUAAAACUAACAGAUUUCGGUUUCGCUAAAGAAUGCACCAGUUCUGCAAAAAGUUUACAUACACCUUGUUACACUGCUUACUAUGUGGCACCCGAAAUAUUGUCUACACGAAACUAUGACAAAGCUUGUGAUAUUUGGAGUCUCGGCGUCAUCAUGUAUAUUCUCUUGUGCGGCUAUCCACCGUUUUAUUCGACUUAUGGUAGUCCGAUUAGCCCUAACAUGAGAAGAAAAAUUCGUACAGGAGAAUACGAGUUCCCUCACCGUGAGUGGCACAUCGUCACACAAGAAGCGAAAGAUCUGAUUCGAUCGAUGUUGACAGUUGAACCCGAAAGUCGUCCAACAAUUGACCAAAUAUUGAAUCAUCCUUGGUUGUCAAAAUUAGAUGUACACGAUAUACAAACUCCGUUAAUCACACCGAGUGCACUUGUAGAACAGAUGGAAGAAUGGUCUGACGUUCAGUUAGCAAUUAGCGAAGCGAACCAAUGCAACCGUUUGCCGAUUGACGAUGACGAUGAUGAGCCGAUUUCUGCCGCUGAUAAUGCCAUAUAUAAACGGAGACAGAAACGAUCGCAGACCAGUUUUGAAGAUAGAUAA